CCGUGGGAAGGUCCGGAGUAGAUGUACGUGAUUCCCGGGUCCCUCUGCAAGGCCGCAUUGCACUUCCCCAGCUCCGGAGGCGUGCGCACCCGGCAUCCCCGCGCCGGCCACAGCUUCCCCCGCAGAAGCACUGCCAGAGAGACCGCGCCGGUUCCCGAGGCUGCAGCCUCCAGCCCCGCACCGCUCCGCACCUCCAUCCGUGGCGGGCCCGCUCCCGCAGGCGGCGGGGCAGCCCUGGGGAGGUUCCAGCCCCUCUCCCCCGGGGGCGGGAGCGCCGGGGGAGCGGGCGCGGAGCGGGGCGCGCAUGCUCCGCCCUCCCCCGUCUCCUCCCCCCUGCCCGGGGCCGGCCGCGGGGACGGUCUCGACCAUUUCUGCGGGCGUGGGGACGAGGGGCCGAGCGCGGCGGCCGGCUCUGCUCUGCUGCGCUCUGCUGCUUCAGCACCGCGCCGCUGGACAGCGCCCGCCGGGCAGCGGCUGCGCUGCGCUGAGCGCCCGCCGCGGCGGUGCGGGCAGGAACCCCGCGGGCAGCGGCCCCUGCCCAGGCUCGCCCUCCGAGGGGGCUGGGCGGCAGCAGGAUGUUCCUCAAGCUGGCCGUCGUGGUGCAGGUGCUGUCGCUGCUGGCAAGCCGGGCGCACGGCUUCCCGAAGCCCGGGGGCAAAGAUAAAGCUAUACACAACAGACAAUUAAGUGUAGAAAGACCUUUGGAGGAACAGAUUGCUGAAGCUGAGGCAGACAAGAAUAGGAAGAUAGCUCCCACAGAAAAUCAGCCAGAGUUCAGGAAUUAUUCCUUUGUCGAUGACCUGAACCUGCUAAAAUCAGUAGCAGAAAGAGAGAGGAAUGAAAAGGAGAGAGAGUCAAUUAGAAGCUCUUUGUAUGAACAGCAACUGGCCAUGGAUGAUGCAGACUCCACCAAGAACCGCAGGCUUGUGGAUGACUAUGACUCUACUAAAAGUGGGCUUGAUUAUAAAUUCCAAGAUGAUCCAGAUGGCCUCCAUCAAUUAGAUGGCACUCCUUUGACUGCUGAAGACAUUGUUCAAAAAAUUGCUGCAAGAAUUUAUGAGGAAAAUGAUAGAGGAGUAUUUGACAAGAUUGUUUCAAAACUUCUAAAUCUGGGACUAAUCACAGAGAGUCAGGCCUAUACCCUGGAAGAUGAAGUAGCAGAGGUUUUACAACAGCUAAUUGCAAAUGAAGCAAAGGACCGUGAGAAGGAGUCUGAAGAUUUUGAUUACCUUCCAAGCAGAGCAGAGAGUGAUACCAAAGAAAAGCAACAGGAAAGAAUGAUACCAAGCAAAGCUGAUCAGGAUAGUUUCAUUAAUGGAGAAAUUGAUGAUACACUGGAUAACACAUGGUCAUCAUCUAAUAUUUUGGAAAGAAGAAAUGAGCUGCCCUCUGAAGAUAAUUUUGAAGACCUCCAAUAUUUUCCAAACUUUUACGCACUAUUAAAAAGCCUCAACUCAGAGACAGAGGCAAAAGAGAAAGAGACCUUGAUAACUAUUAUGAAAACCCUGAUUGAUUUUGUGAAGACGAUGGUUAAAUAUGGAACAAUCACACCAGAAGAAGGAGUUUCCUAUCUGGAAAACUUAGAUACAAUGAUAGCUGAGCAGACAAAGAAGAAGCUUGAGAACCCUUCCACGAAAACCACAACAAAGCUAUCAGCAGACAAGAGUAGUGAAGAAGCAGACAGCACAAAAGAGGAAGCGGCUAAAAUGGAAAAGGAAUAUGAAAUUUCAAAGGAUUCUACAAAAAAUGAAGAACAAAAUGCAGCAGGAAACAGUGAAGAGCCCAGAGGGAAAGCUGAGGCAUAUUUGGAAGCAAUCAGGAAGAACAUAGAAUGGCUAAAAAAACACAAACAAGGUAACAAAGAAGACUAUGAUCUUUCAAAGCUGAGAGAUUUCAUUGACGAGCAAGCCGAUGCUUACGUGGACAAGGGCAUCCUGGACAAGGAAGAGGCUGAUGUAAUUAAACGCAUAUACAGCAGCCUGUAAAAAGCUAGUGGCUGCCAAACAUGUAGAAAACUAGAAUAGUUUCCCUCACUCCCGGCUCAAUGAUUUAUGAUCUGUUAAUUUGAGGGUAUCAUUAGAAAUGCUCUGUUUACAUUGUACUGACAACUUUCUAGACAAAUGAAGAGCUGUAGUGCUCUGUACACUGACUGCAUACUGUAUUUUCCUAAACUCACAAAUCAACCCUAAAUGCCAAAUUCUGACACUGAAUUUCUAUUUGAUGGGGCAAAUAUUUAUGUAAUGUUCUCUUUGAUUUAUUAUUUGUGUUUGGUUUACUUUUGUAGAUAAACCAAUUGUUUGUGAUGGAAAGUUCUUUUAAUGCUACUUCUUUUUGCUCUCACUCCACUAGCUUUCUAUAGAUGCAACUAUGUAAAGGGCAUUAUUAGAAGAUAGCUCAUAGUUCUCUAAAUAAAAUAUUUGAAAAUAAUUCACCUAUUAAAGUUUAUUAAUCUUAAUAUUUUAUAGCCAGAAAUCUUGUUUUUAAAUUCUCAUUUUUCCUUGACCCUUUUUUAUUUCUUUAUGUAGUAUUCUAUAACUUGGACUAUUGUAUUCUUAGCUCACUGAUAAAUCUUUGACACUACACUGCCCUUCCCAUUGUAGAGCUGUAUUCUCCCCACUAUUCAGCAUGUAUAAACAUUCUCUUUGGUGCACCAUU